CUCGGAAAUUCUCAGCUAUAUGGGGGACUUUGAUGGUGAGCAAAAAGAAUUGAUCAAGAAAUUGGUAAACUUUCGCAUGAUCGAUGGUAAAAGAACGAGAGUUCGUGCUAUUGUUUAUAAAACUUUUCACCGCCUAGCUCGAACUGAACGCGAUGUAAUAAAACUUAUGGUUGACGCCGUAGAUAAUAUAAAGCCAAUAUGCGAAGUGGUCAAAGUAGGAGUGGCAGGUACUAUUGAUGAUGUUCCUGGGAUUGUAGCCAGGGAUUGUCAACAAACCUUAGCUAUUCGUUGGAUCCUUGGAGCAGCUUUCAAACGACGUAUAAGCUACAGGAUAAGCUUAGAGAAAUGUUCAUUUGCUGAGAUACUAGAUGCUUACCGAAAGAGGGGAAUUUCACGUAAGAGAAGGGAGAAUCUUCAUGGACUGGCUUCCACCAAUCGGAGUUUCGCGCAUUUCAGAUGGUGGUAAAGUGAUACCACAUAAGGAGCUCUUCCUCAUUCAGUCAUACUCAACAAAAGUAAGAAAUGUUUGACCCGGAUCCUUUUUUCAUCUUCAUAUAGAAAGAAAAUCGGCCUUCCUCAUACUCCCCCCUUCAUUCAUAGAGUUGGAGGAAUCCACAAGAGGCCUGCCCGUUCAUAAUUGCAUAAAAGAACCAUUCUUUUUAUGAAAACUCUUGUUCCAACCUCACCUCAGGUCGAAUGAAUACGAAAGGGGGAUCAAUCAAAUCAAUAAGCCAUGAAUGAAGAAGUAGUGGGCCUUUCGCCUUAUUUCGUUUGACUCGUGGAGCUGAGAAAUCUACUUCAAAG